UGUUUAUUCAUUCACGUCAGCCCCUUUUCUCUCUUCCCUUCCCUCCUUCCUGCUACAACACAACGGGGACCCACCAUUAACCGUUUCCCCCCGUUUUAACAUCCAAACCGCGGUCACGUCGCCACCAUAAACCGCUUUUGGAACCAGGAGGAGGCGAGCCGGCGCCUGGGUAGAUGUGAGCCCAAGGUAAUGGCCAGGCUGGUGGACAUAAGCACGCAGACAGAUCCCGUAGUCGUGCUGUCCUUGGCCCAGGCCGCCGUGCUAGGUCUCAUCUCCCAGAAUGAAGUGUUUGGCGCUACCAUUGCACCCAACGGCUUCUACACCGGCGAACCGAAAGAGUCCCCUGCACCCCCAGUAGACGGAGUCGACUACGAGUACGCAGACCAGCUCAUCGGAGCCAACGGAGAUUACUUAGGAGAUAACUUGGGAGAAGACGGUCAGAUGCAGCCCAGCUGUAGCCAGAGGAGGUGGCAGCAGGGUCCACCCCAACACCCCGAUGUGAAAAUGGUCCUCCCCGAUCGUCACGGCCUCCAAGGCCCCGACGUGUCCUUGUCCCUGGUGAAAGGGGAAGUGGUGACCUCCGGGUUGUCCUCCUGCGUCCACAUGCUGAACAAUAUGGCCCCCAGAGGGGGUUUGAUUCAGGUAGAUCCGGCCACGCUCCGAGUCCCCAACAAGAACUGUGCAGAGUGUGAACGGGAGGUAACGACCCACCAGCAACCCAGCACACACGGCACACACGGCCAUCCCCCUCCGGCCCAGGUGGCCCACCGGGGGGCCGAGCAGGCCCACAGGGGACUGCAGGGCCAGCGCCCCAUGGGCGGCCACGGCCGAGGUGGCAGAGAGGAAGAAGAGGAGGUGGAGCACCAGGGGAACGCCAUGAUGAAGCCCUCGCAGCAGGAGGAAGCCAUCAGCAGCUACUUCCAGACCAGUGAAGUGGGCAGCUACGACUCAACGGAAAUGGGAAUGGCCAACGAGUACGAGGACGGCAGCCAGAACAUGAUGUGGACAGACGGGUCUGGCGCGGCGCAGCACCCCCAGCCCCCGCACCCCCAGCCUCCCCGUCGACACGGCGGCCGCAGGGUGGACCGGCUAGACAUCAACAUUCAGAUCGAUGAAUCCUACUGCGUAGACGUGGGGGACGGUCUGAAGCGCUGGAAGUGCCGCAUGUGCGACAAGUCCUACACGUCCAAGUACAACUUGGUCACGCACAUCCUGGGCCACAACGGCAUCAAGCCGCACGCCUGUCCACACUGCGGGAAACUCUUCAAGCAGCCCAGUCACCUCCAGACGCACCUGCUGACCCACCAGGGCACGCGGCCCCACAAGUGCACCGUCUGCAAGAAAGGCUUCACCCAGACCAGCCACCUGAAGCGGCACAUGCUCCAGCACACGGACGUCAAGCCCUACAGCUGCCGCUUCUGCCGCCGCGGCUUCGCCUACCCCAGCGAGCUGCGGGCGCACGAGGUGAAGCACGAACGCGGGCGCUGCCACGUCUGCUCGCAGUGCGGCAUGGAGUUCCCCACGUACGCUCACCUGAAGCGGCACCAGACCAGCCACCAGGGCCCCCACACCUUCCAGUGCACCGAGUGCAACAAGUCGUUCGCCUACAGAAGCCAGCUCCAGAACCACCUGCUGAAGCACCAGAGCCCGCGGCCUUAUACCUGCUCACAGUGCGGCCUGGAGUUCGUGCAGCUCCACCACCUACGCCAGCACUCGCUCACUCACAAGGGGAUGAAGGGACACAAGUGUGAGGUUUGUUCACGGGAAUUCACCCUGUCGGCCAACCUGAAGAGGCACAUGCUCAUCCACAACAGCGUCAGACCCUUCCAGUGUCACGUCUGCUUCAAGAGCUUCAUCCAGAAGCAAACGCUCAAGACCCACAUGAUCGUCCACCUGCCUGUGAAGCCCUUCAAGUGCAAGGUGUGUGGCAAGUCUUUCAACAGAAUGUACAACCUGCUGGGCCACAUGCACCUCCACGCCGGCAAUAAGCCCUUUAAGUGCCCGUACUGCACCAGUAAGUUCAACCUGAAGGGAAACCUCAGCCGGCACAUGAAGGUCAAGCACGGCAUGGACGUGUCACCGGAGGGACAAGAAGUUCUACCAGAAAUCGAAAGCCAGGGGGAUUAUGAAACCCAGAACUUCAGCUUUACAUCACCAGACAACAUGGACAAUGGUGGCUCCCAAAACCUGACUAAACUCACCACAGCCAACAUGGACGACAUGGAGGAGUACUACAACUUUGGGAAGGAUACGAGCACGUACACUACGCCAUGAGCGCUGGCAGACGAGAGAAGAUGCGUUUGUUUUUUUUUUUCCUCUUUUCUUUUUCUUUUGAAGGCUGAAGGAAAUUACAGAGUUGUUGCGGAGGCUCUGGAAGACUCUGGGAAAGUGCGACUAACUCUUUUAGGUUUGGCCUCCAUCCAGAAGAGCCCAGAUCCGACGGACAGGGACGGACAAGUACGGAGGAGUACGGAGGAGCUUCAAAGGAGUUUCAGCUCUGUUGCCUUUAACAGAGACAGAGGCUGCUGAGGCGCCUGGAACUCCUUUUCAUGGGAUUACUUCACUUACUGACUCAAAGACUCGCUGAUAAACCCUCAAAUCUGUAUGUUGUGUGUAUGUAUCAGUAAUUUGGGAAAAAAAAAGAAAAAAAGAGCUGCAGUUGCAGCUGCAGAGCCGUUGGUUACGCUUAAUGUGAUAGAAGUGUAUUGUUUGUCAUCUUUGUUCAUUCACAACCAAUGUAUGCCCUUAUAUUUUUGACUGAAAGUGCCAGCUAGAGACAUUUUACAACCAAGCUUCCACCGUGUCAGAUAUUUACUCACUGUAUAUUGACGUUUUGAUACAUAGUCACAACAUAUUCAUAGGUUUGAAUGCUCUUAACAUUAUAGUUGCCCGUUUGUUCCCAGCUGUCCAUGUGCGUUUAAGCAGGUUCAGCUUCCAAUGCGUUUGUGCUUUUUCUUUACAUUUUAGUUUUAUUUUAUUUGCACAGGACAUUGUGAACGUUUUUUUCCUCCAGCAGGGCACUUACUACCAAAGUUGCUGCUGCGUCAUGUCAGCUGAAACCUGAAAACGCAACAGCUGGCGUGUUAAAGCCCUCGUAUUGUACAAAACUGUUCUGCAACACCGUGUGUUUACCCAACAUUUUUGUUCCACAUGGUUCAGCUUUACCUUAAUAAUCUGUCCCGUGUAGUGAAUAUACCGCUCUAGUUUUUUUAAAUACUGAGUGAAUAAUACAAAGCACUUUUUCAUUUAAAACCUUUACUUUCCCUCUGAAGGCUGUUUGCAGUAGGAGUGAUUUUUAUUUGCCACAAGAAGAGCUUGGGAGAAAAUAAGAUUGUACCAUCUUUAUCAACCCCCCCCAAAAACAAUGGCAAUAUUAUUAAACUCAAGCAGAUUUGUUUCCCCAUUUGCAAUCUGCAGAUCUCAUGAUAUAGUUAUUUCACAGUUGUCUGUUCGAGUACGAGCUGAAGAAUGAGCGCUUUGUUUGGAGAGUCAGCUGUUCGGGUUCUUUGUUGUUUGUGGUUUCAGCACUCUUAAACCAGGUCCGGCUUCACUUCACUUUGAAUUCAGUUAUUUUUUAUUUUAUUUUUUUCUUCCAAUAAUAUUUCUGAGCCAUCAAGGGGGAAAAAAUGAAUAAAAAUGCAUUUAAAAACCUUGCGAUGAAAAGACGAUGACUGAACUGAUGGUGGACGGACACCCAUCGUUCAGCUCCACUUGUCCUGCCAUGCAGGUCAGCCUUGAUAUGCACACUGAACCAGAGCAACGGUCGACUAGUUCUUUUCUUUUUUUUUUUGGAGAUGAAAAAUAUUAAACUGAGACCUCAUGGAAAUUGACUGAAUUAUUUAAUAAAGGUUCUGUAGUUUAAA